CUUUCGGGAUGUCGGCACAACAAAAUGAGGAUAAUCCCGAGACUCUUUUCUUGUUUGAGCUUCUGGUGGAAUUUAUUCGGCUUGACAGACGCUGUGAAGUUUCCGACGAGCUGGCUCUGGCAGUCCGACUGUGGGAUUUCCCAACGCUGAUCAUUUACCAGCCUCGACAGAGCAUUAAGGACUCCCAGCAGCGCGGUGGAGAUUACACCUUCAAUAAAGGCAAGAGCUGCUUCUUCAAAAUGAACCUGCAGUCGCUGCACAGCCAUCUGAGCGCCGCUCCCCUCUACGGCAUGGUUCUGGAUGUAAAGAAGGAGAUGCCCAUCUUAGUGGGCUCGUCUCUGGUUUCACUGGCUAAAGCCACGGACAGCAUCAGGCAGGAUGUUCCCAGUCCCUCCUCUCACACAGAGAGGGAACUUGUUUCAGUAUGCAGCCUCACGGGGGAGAGGAUUGGAUCGAUUUCCCUGAGUUAUAAGCUGUUAUGUAUGGGGGCAAGUUUACUGCCUCAUAUCACAGAGAGAGGGGGAAUCACCAGCACACAUGUGCGUGAAGGAGGAGGGGCACAGGAGGGUGAAGAGGAGGGAAACAAAUCUACAGACUCAUUACUUGUUGAUAGUGAAGCGAUGUUUCUAUCAACAGCAGACAAGUCUGGCUUUUGCACAAACAUCCAAAAGGACAAAGGAGAAAAUGUGAAAAAUUUGACAAACCAGAAUGAUGGAGAUGAUGGCUGUGCAGCUGCUGAAUGUUUUCACCCUGAAAAAAGAUCAAGAAGCCUGACAGACAACACAUUCGAUGAGGAAAUGAACAUAUUCUGUCCUCCACUUCUCUACUACACUCAUUCUGCAGAGGAAGAGAGCAGGAAGCAAGUGGUGGAUUACAAAUUACUGAAUCAAUACCCUGAAGCAUUUACAUUUGAUGAGCUGUGUUCUGAUGAUGAGGCAGAUGGACACGAAAUGCACCAGGAAGUCCAGGCCGAAGCAAGCGAGCCGACUCCAAACGUGCUAGGAGAGGCAUUGCGAAAGCUGCCUGUGCUGAACGCUCUUCUCGUUGAACUGUCACAGCUUAAUGUCAACAACACACAUCAUCCCAGUCCCGCCUGUACACACCGGCCGGGUUCUACAGAGCCUGCAGCUGGACAUGGAAACAUGCCAAAACAGGCUGUACAUGAAAGUAAACAUGCUACUACACCCUAUUUCACACAUUCCCAUUCACCGAGAAGCUGCUCUGCAGAGCAGAGUGUAAAAAUGAGUAGGAAGCAAGAAGAAACUUUGAAAGAGAGUAUAAACAGCAGUAAAUCUCCCAGAAAGAAGCUCGUGUAUGGAACAACCAAAGCAUUCAGCCUGAGACUGAAGCACAUUUCUCCUCUCAAAGCGAAGCAUCGUGACUGUGAGAAGUUGCUACAGGAUGAAACUCAGCCAGUUAGGAUCAAAGGAAGGGUUAAGUCAAGUCAUAAAACUGUGAAGUCCAGCAAAACAAAAAUACACUCUGGCCUGAAUGAAAACGUUGAGACAGUGAUUCAAAGUGUCACGGUGGAUUCAGCACCGAGGGAGAAAAGCAGGCAAGGGAAAGCUCAAGUUAAACAAGACAGAGAUGCUCAGAGAAUGUUAGAGAAGCCUUCCCUCUCUGAACUAGAUCUGAAAUGUAUUCACAUCCCCAGUAUGGAUAGCGACAAUGUUCCCCAAAGCAAAGACAAGAAGCAGCAUCACAGUGAAUCAGAUCAAUCCCAGCCGGAGCCCGACAGGAGCAGAGAGAGGGUUGAAUAUGCAGCAGGUAGCAGACGCAGCAGCACUCGGUCGUCCUUCUCCAACUCCAGCAGGAACGGGGCCGAGGAGGUGGACUACGCCGAUGACUUUAACAGUCUGGCACCCAGCGACGCCUUCUCUCCCGACCCGCUGAGCAGCCCCGAGACCUCCAGAGCCAAAACUCCCAAAUCUCCCCUUCACUCCGACGUCUGGAGCUCUGACGUGGGAUCGGAAGGUGCCCAGAGGAAAGCGUCCAUCCUCCCCGUGCCGGUCAAAUCCCAGAGCUCUCCGCAGCACGCCCUGAGAGGUACCUUCGUCAUUCGACCCCGACUCCACACGUCGGCCCUCAGCUUCUCCUCUGACGACGAUGACGGCCACGGGUCAGCCUCUUCGCAAACCGCAGACUCUAGAAAACAGGUGACGGCAAGUGGCUCCAGCGCCGAAACGUUGAGAACGCCCGGAGGUCAAAGUGGCGAGUCGGCCGAGAGCAGAGGCCCAGUUCGAGGACUGUCUGCAGAAUCAAUAUCCUCCUUUGAAGCUCAGGAGGCGAAAGAACUGGAGGAUGACGUUGGAUCUCUGGAUUUCAGAAAAGAAUAUCAACACAUCUCCCAGCUUGUGGCCAACAAACUCCCCGGGUACACUAUGUAGAGACGGAAAUAAUUCAACAUUAUGGUGAAAUCAGGCCUGUUUCGACUGCCUGAGUGAAA